GCACAAACGCCAUAUUCGACAACGCGCGCGAAUGACCAAAGAACCACAAAAUACUGACCUUUUUUUUAAGCGGAAAUGCGAAAUCUGCUGAUUAUCUUCAUAUUACUUCAGGGUUUCCCAGUAACAAUUUACACUCGUCGAAUUGUAAUGUCGCGUUAUCGUUUAAACAGUUUAAGUAGUGAUGCUAAAGAGCUUCGUUUCGAGCCCAAUGUUUCUUCCACCCUACGAGACGUCUUUAGUUUAUCAGAAUGUGCUCUGAGAUCUCGCCUGUUGUCUAAGAGAGCAUUUUUCUAUAGCAUGGAAGCUAUGGAGUGUGAACUUAAUCCUCAGAGUCACGUGAUGUAUGGUGCGUCAGGAAGACUUGAUGAAUACAUCCUGGUGAUUAAUAAAGGACGUAAAUCACCGGAAAACGUGAAAGCCUGUUAUUAUAAAAUGGAGAAGAAACCAUACUCUAACUACCAAUCGGCCAAGGCUAUUUGUCGAAACAAGGGUGGUUAUUUGUUGGAGAUAAACACAAAAGAGGAAAACGAUUUUAUAAAGAAGCGAUUUACGGAAUCGAUAUGGCUGGGUGCUGUUGCUGGAAAGUCUGGCUUUACAUGGGAUAAUAGCGGGAAACCGGUGCAGUUGUCAGAGCUCGGUGAUAUAACAAUAGGUGAUACUCCAUCAAGGUCUAACAUGGACAAAAGCUGUCUUGCUGUCACAGAGAAUGGCUGGCGUGUUACCAAAUGUAGCUUCAAUCCUUUGUAUGUAGUCUGUGAAUAUCAAACAUGUAUUCAUUAAAGAACUACACACGUUAA